UUCUAGAGCAGGAGAACUUGGAGUACCAGUAGGUUUCAUGUGUAUGAAGGGUCUUAAUCUGCAUAUAUCAGAAAUUGAGGAAUUAUGCACAGAAUUUCCUUCAACAGUUGUAUUGCUUGAUCAUUUGGGUUUCUGCAAACCACCAAUAGAUGAUGAUGAAAAGCUUGCCUUAUCUCGGCUUUUAAAGCUUUCCAGAUUCCAACAGGUAUAUGUGAAGUUCAGUGCAUUGUUUCGGCUGUCCCGAAAACCAUUCCCGUAUGAGGAUUUAUCUCCUAUUCUAUCUGAAGUGGUCUCUUGCUUUGGCGCCAACCGUGUCAUGUGGGGCAGUGACUUUCCAUUUGUGGUUCCUGAAUGCGGCUACAAGGGAGGUAAAGAAGCUGUGUCUAUAAUUGCCAAUCAAGCAAAUUUAUCAAACUCUGAGUUGGAGUGGAUCCUGAGUGGAACAGUGAUGCAACUCUUCCAAGGCAAGUGGAUUCCUUAGCACUUAACUUUUAAGUGUAUUCUGUAUGUGGAAGCAUAUAGAUAAUUUUAAAAUGGUGAUUUGUAACCUCAUCUGGGUCCAUUCAGAAGAUCUUUUUUUUAAAAUUCAAAGACCAAAGUUAUACACUUACACAAUAAAAAAAAAAAAAAACUUAUUGCUAUUGUAAACGAGAACUUAUAUGUUUACUUAGACUUACAUUUAAGUGUCUUCAAUUAACAAA